AUGCGCUACUUUGCAGCUUUCCUUCUGGCUCUAACCUGGUCUGCACAAGCCGCAGUUUUACCUCAACCAGUGGACAUUAAGGAUAGGGCUACUACCAGCUACCGGAAUGUGGCAUACUUUGCUAUCUACGGGCGGAACUUCAAUCCCCAAGAUCUUCCAGGAAACCAACUCACUCACGUGCUGUAUGCAUUCGCUAAUGUUCGGCCCGAGACUGGUGAGGUCUACCUUUCCGAUACUUGGUCCGAUACCGAUAAGCACUAUGCUACCGAUUCUUGGAACGAUGUUGGCACCAAUGUCUAUGGAUGCGUGAAGCAAUUGUUCCUUCAAAAGAAGAAGAAUCGCAAGCUGAAGGUCCUGCUGUCGAUUGGAGGCUGGACUUACUCGUCGAACUUUGCUCAGCCUGCUUCAACCGUUGCAGGAAGACAGAAGUUCGCUUCAAGUGCCGUUGAGCUGGUGAGGAAUCUCGGAUUUGAUGGACUCGAUAUUGACUGGGAGUACCCUGCGAAUGACGCACAGGCGAAUGAUAUGGUCUCAUUACUCGCAGAAGUCAGAUCGGCAUUGAAUGCAUACUCAACUAAUUAUGCCGGCGGACAACAUAUGCUGUUGACCGUUGCCUCCCCUGCCGGCCCAACCAACUACCAAAAGCUAAAGCUCGCUGCCAUGGACCAGUAUCUGGAUUUCUGGAACUUGAUGGCCUACGACUACUCUGGCUCCUGGGACACAAUAGCCGGACACAACGCCAACUGGGACCCAUCUACCUCUAACCCGGGCAGCACACCUUAUAACACUCACCAAGCAAUUAAAUACUACACGGCCAACGGGGUGCCCGCUUCCAAGAUCGUCAUGGGCAUGCCACUCUACGGACGCUCCUUUGCAAACACCGACGGUCCUGGCAAGCCAUUCUCCGGCGUUGGCCAAGGAACUUGGGAAGCUGGUGUCUAUGACUACAAAGCACUCCCUCAGGCUGGCGCAACCGUGUAUACCGACAACCAGAUCACCGCAAGCUGGAGCUACGAUUCUAGUCAGAGGUUCCUGGUGAGCUAUGAUACGCCCGCAAUUAUCCAGAAGAAGGCCGAGUAUAUUAAGAGCCAGGGGCUGGGUGGGGGAAUGUGGUGGGAGAGUAGUAGCGAUAAGACGGGGGGUGACAGUCUUGUUAGUACCUUUGUCAAUGCGGUCGGUGGUACCGGCGCCCUUGAUCAAAGUACGAAUCUUCUCAGCUUCCCGGGUACUAAAUACGACAACCUCAAAGCGCAAUUCCCGAGUGGUUAGACGAAUCCUUUACGACGGACCGUUGCGUGGCUCGGAUAUCUAGAAGCGUGCUACUUCACGCGUCUACAGACAACCUUCCGAACUUUACUUCUCUAUAUAUAUUCUCACUCUUAUCCUUGACGCCAGUUGAGCUGGCUGUUCUUUCGCUGCCAACUUUCUGCACAAUUCUUUUCGUUGCAACUCUUUAUAGCAUACAUAUAUCUGCUUUGUCCGACCGUUCUAUCUUUCAUCGAAUUUCCUACGUACAUGCAUU